AUGAAUAAAAAGUUACGAUAUAUGUUGUCUUUGAUCGUUUUUGAAAGAUCAUUUAGAAAAAUUAAACUAAUUUUUGAAAAAAUAUGUACAGUCUUAUUGCAAAGCUACCCAACAAUUGUAUUAAUUAACGUUAUUUAUGAUACAGAUACUAAUUCUAUAUCAUUACUUUAUGACUACAUCUUUUGUUUAUUCUUUUCGAAAAAAUUGCUAAAACUAUUUAACAUUUCGCAAAAAUUAGUGUUAACUUUAAGUAGCCUUUAA